AUGACUAAUCUCGUACUAAAUACUCACCGCCUUAAUGUUCUCUUCUCUUCUCUCCUUAAAGGCGUGACUUCAGUCGUGAACGACCAAACGUUCGAACAAGACGUGUUAAAAUCGGACGUCCCGGUUCUCGUUGAUUUCUGGGCGCCGUGGUGUGGCCCGUGCCGAAUGAUAGCCCCUCUGAUCGAUCAGUUGGCGGAGGAAUACGCCGGGAAGUUGAAAGCGGUGAAGUUGAACACGGACGAGUCGCCUUCGAUCGCGACGGAAUACGGGAUCCGAUCGAUCCCGACGGUUAUGAUUUUUAAGGACGGGAAGAAGAUGGAUACGGUGAUUGGAGCGGUGCCGAAGAGUACGUUGACUGGGACUAUCGAGAAGUAUUUAUAA